GAGUGCCCCUUUUCUCUUCCUUAUCCCGUUUAUAUGAUCGGAGUGGAACUGCGCUUCAGGUUGGAAGCGGUGCGAUCAUGGCCGAGCGAGUCCAGCAGCCCCCAGCCAAGCGGCUCUGCUGCCGGCCCGGCUACAACCCGGCAUGCAGACAGGGGCAGCGGGCUGGAGGAGUCCCGUGCGGCGGCGCGGGGUCCGCUCCGGGAGGCUCUGGGAACGGAAAAACGCACAACCCCGAGUCGUUGCUCGACAUCGCGGCGCGCAGAGUCGCGGAGAAGUGGCCGUUCCAGAGGGUGGAGGAGCGGUUCGAGAGGAUCCCGGAGCCCGUCCAGCGGAGGAUCGUUUAUUGGUCAUUCCCGAGGAGCGAGAAGGAGAUCUGUAUGUAUUCUUCCUUCAACGCCGGAGGAGAGGAAAGUGGAUCUAGCGGUGACAAUAACGACGAGACCCAGCUGCCUUUCCUAAGGGGUGUCACUCUGCUAGAGGGUGGCUGGGUGGACAACGUUUUGCAAGUCGGUUUCCACCUGAGCGGCACGGUGACGGACCCCGCCACGCCAUCGUCCCCGGAGCUCGUCUGCAGUGUCAGCGUCAGCUUCGACCGCUGCAAGAUCACAGCGGUGACGUGCACGUGCGGGAACAAAGACAUCUUCUACUGCGCCCAUGUGGUGGCGCUGUCGCUUUACAGAGUGCGCAAACCCGAGCAGGUCAAGCUGCACCUGCCCAUCUCGGAAACCCUGUUCCAGAUGAGCAGAGACCAGCUGCAGAAGUUCGUCCAGUACCUGAUAUCCGUUCACCACACGGAGGUGCUUCCCACCGCACAGAAGCUGGCCGAUGAGAUCCUGUCCCAGAACUCUGAGAUCAACCAGGUCCAUGGGGCCCCGGACCCCACAGCUGGAGCCAGCGUGGACGACGAGAACUGCUGGCACCUGGACGAGGAGCAGGUUCAGGAGCAAGUAAAGCUCUUCCUGUCCCAGGGAGGCUACCACGGCUCGGGCAAGCAGCUCAAUCUCCUCUUCAGCAAGGUGAGGGAGAUGCUGAAGAUGCGUGACUCCAACGGAGCAAGGAUGUUAACACUGAUCACAGAGCAGUUCAUGGCCGACCCUCGGCUGGCGCUGUGGAGACAGCAGGGCACCACCAUGACCGACAAGUACAGACAGCUCUGGGACGAGUUGGGCGCCCUGUGGAUGUGCAUCGUACUGAACCCCCACUGUAAACCCGAGCAGAAGUCCUCGUGGCUUCGCCAGCUGCGCCGGUGGAACAGUGUGGACGUCUGCCCCUGGGAGGACGGUAACCACGGCAACGAACUGCCCAACCUCACCCACUCGCUGCCUCAGGGCGCCCACGGCAACCAAGAGAUGCGCCCCCACAGGACCGUGUUCACGCGAGCCAUUGAGGCCUGCGACCUGCACUGGCAGGACCGACACCUCCAGCACAUUAUCACCAGUGACCUCUACGCCAACUACUGUUACCAUGACAACCAGGAGGGUUCCCUCUUCGACUCACGCGGCUGGCCUUUAUGGCAUGAACACGUCCCGACGGCCUGCGCGCGGGUUGAUGCCCUGCGCUCCCAUGGUUACCCCAGAGAAGCCCUCCGACUGGCCAUCGCGGUGGUUAACACGUUACGGAGGCAGCAGCAGAGGCAACUGGAGCACUUUCGACGGCACAAAAAAGAGUUGCUCCACAAAAGUCAUACCUCCAUAACCAACAUGGAGGGCUGGGUGGGACACCCUCUGGACCCCAUCGGGACCCUUUUCAGCACCCUGACGGAGUCGGGACGAGUGGGAGAGGAGGGUUCCAACACCUGUUUGGACCUCUCAGACUGCUCCAGCGUGGUGAGCCGAGCGGACCUGCAGCGAAUGCCGGUGCAGAGGUUGCUGGGAGACGGCGAGUCGUACUUGGCGCUGGCGGUCGAGACGGCUCUGAUCGGCCUGGGCCAGCAGCGGGUGAUGCCUGACGGGCUGUACGCUCAAGAGAAGGUGUGUCGCAACGAAGAGCAGCUACUGGCCAAGCUGCAAGAAGUGGAACUGGACGACUCCUUGGUGAAAAUCUUUCGUAAACAGGCCGUCUUUUUUUUGGAAGCUGGUCCGUACUCUGGUCUUGGAGAGAUUGUCCACAGAGAGAGUGUCCCCAUGCACACCUUCGCUCGCUAUCUCUUCACCUCUCUGCUACCUCACGACGCUGAACUGGCGUACAAAAUUGCACUGAGAGCCAUGCGGUUGCCGGUGUUGGAGUCCACGGCCUCGUCUGGUGAUCUCUCACGACCUCACCACAUCGUGUCUGUAGUUCCCAACCGCUACCCGCGCUGGUUCACCCUGAGCCAUAUAGAGUCUCAGCAGUGCGAGCUGGCCUCCACCAUGCUCACUGCUGCCAAAGGUGACAGCCGCAGGCUGGAGACGGUCCUGGAGUCCAUCCAGAAAAACAUUCACUCCUCAUCUCACAUCUUCAAACUGGCACAGGACGCGUUCAAAAUCGCCACUCUCAUGGACAGCCUGCCGGACAUCACGCUUCUCAAAGUCUCUCUGGAGCUCGGACUGCAGGUGAUGAGAAUAACUCUGUCCACCUUAAACUGGAGGAGGAGAGAGAUGGUGCGCUGGUUAGUCACAUGUGCCACUGAAGUUGGUGUUUAUGCACUGGACAGCAUCAUGCAGAGCUGGUUCACCCUCUUCACCCCUACAGAAGCCACCAGUAUCGUGGCCACCACCGUCAUGUCCAAUAGCACUAUCGUCCGACUCCACCUGGACUGCCACCAGCAGGAGAAGCUGGCCUCAUCUGCCCGAACACUCGCCCUACAGUGUGCCAUGAAGGACCCCCAGAACUGCGCCCUCUCUGCUCUUACACUUUGUGAAAAGGACCAAAUUGCCUUCGAGACAGCCUACCAGAUUGUACUGGACGCUGCAACAACAGGAAUGAGCUACACACAGCUGUUUACCAUUGCACGCUACAUGGAACACCGCGGUUACCCGAUGCGAGCGUACAAGCUGGCAACGCUAGCGAUGGCUCAUCUGAACCUCAGUUACAACCAGGACACGCACCCAGCCAUUAAUGACGUUCUUUGGGCUUGCGCGCUCAGCCACUCGCUGGGCAAAAACGAGCUAGCUGCAGUUAUCCCCCUGGUGGUAAAAAGCGUGAAGUGCGCCACCGUGCUCUCUGACAUUUUGCGGCGAUGCACGCUGACCACGCCAGGCCUUGUGUCGGUGCUGCACAGCCGCAGGAACUCUGGGAAGCUGAUGUCGCUGGACAAGGCGCCGCUCAGGCAGCUGCUGGACGCUACCAUCGGGGCCUACAUCAACACUACGCACUCGCGCCUCACGCACAUUAGCCCCCGCCACUACAGCGAGUUCAUCGAGUUCCUGGGUAAGGCCCGGGAGACUUUUAUGAUGGCUCACGACGGACACAUUCAGUUCACCCAGUUCAUAGACAACCUGAAACAGAUCUACAAGGGCAAAAAGAAACUGAUGAUGCUGGUGAGGGAGCGGUUUGGCUGAGGGUGAGGCUCGGGGGCGACCGAACCCUCCGCUUCCACUCUAGUACUUUUCUAUUAACUUGCCUUUUGAACAUCUUUCAAACUAAUAAAGUGAGAAGGACGUGACUUGGAACAUGAAGCAAAAAGAGAAAGGAAAAGAUGACAAAAAAAUUCAACAGAGCCACAUGCGGUAUUAUUGUUCUUGCUGUUGUUAUUGUUAUAAACAUUAUUAUUAUUAUUAUUAUUAAUAUUAUUACUACUACGUGUACAGAAGUGUUUUUAUUUUUCAGAAGAGAGGAAAUUUGUCAUGUUGUGAAUGUCGUGUGUAUUUCUCUACAUGUGUGCGAGAUGAAAAUGAGAAGUGAAAUGGCUUUUAAAGUUUUUUUUGUUUCUUUAUCUCUAUGAUUUGAAACAUUAUUUUUUCCCAUUUUCAAUGUUUAAAUGAGUGACUUGUUGAGUGGCUGAAGCCUUUGUACAAUAGUGCUCAUGUUUAAAAAAACAAAACAAAAAAAAACAAUAAGACAAACAAAAAACAAAUGUCUCGGUAUCCUCAAAGAGAAACUACGGCUUUAAACCACACGGCGCACCUCUCUUUCGUAUAAGGCCCUCGCUGGCUCGGCUCAGUUUGGGUUAGCACUGACAGAAAGCCGCUUUUAGCAUCCAUUUCAUUGCUUGCUUUCAUUGCACUUGAGCAGCCAUUAGCUUUCUCUGGGUUCCAGGCGUUAGGUCCGACCCAACUUUUUGCUCAAAAGAACCAGUUCUGGAAAGUAAACAGACAAAAAUGGCAAGUAUUAACUUUUGAAUUGAGAGAUUUGACUGAUAAAGCUCCAUUUUUUUAAUUUUUUUAAAAAAAGAAAAUCCAGAUGGGAGACGACUACCUCAUGAUACGGUAUUGACCCUGAUCCCAUUUAUGCUAUCUUAAAUUUAGCCCAUGAUAGCCGACAGUGUUAAUUAAAACCCGAUGUUGAGUGGAAACCAUGACUAAGAAUCCACUCGUGAGUCUUUCUGUGCUCUGCUCUGCUGUACAUCACUGCCUUCAGUACUCCCAACAACCCCCCCACCCACAAAAAGGAAAGUAAAACUCAUCCCUCGCUCAUCCUCACGACCGUCGCUGUAUGGUUCGCUUCAGACUCGGCCAGUAACACUACCCUCUGUGCAUGUGAAUCAUUGAAAUUAGACUUGCUACUGUGCUAGUUCAUUGUGUGGAACAUUCAGAAACCAGAACGUUCUCAGGGAUUUCUCUACGCAGGAAAAACAAAACAAAACAAGUGGAACAAACAAACGUCUCACUACCAGGAAAACGAUAAAAACACAACAUGAGCAAGCAUUUAUUGUACUCUGUAUAUAUGCCAUAGUAUAUGUCUGAAUAUGGAGGAUCUGAAAGUAUAUCUUAACUAAUUUAUACAGAGUAUUCUAUGUAAUGUGAAAUACUUGAAGCCGCUGUAGUUUGCUCUCUUUGGCUCUCCAUCUUUUCUCUUUUUUAUCUUCUCAUUUGUUUCAAUUCUACUUUGUUAAAAAUGACCUUGUUGAUGCUUUUUUAAAUUUCUUUUUGGACUCACAAGGCCACGCGUAUUCCUGUUUGGGACUCUUGGUUUGUCCAAAAAAGCAGGUUCAAUCUCACUGAGGGUGGUGGAGAGGACGGGCAAAGGGGACGAAGGUAGACUACUUAAAAACAUUGGUCAAUAAAAGUUUGGAGAAACAAAAUUUGCUGAGAUAUUUGCAUGUGAGCUGUUGUAUUAGCAUAGCAUACACUCUAAAACAACGAAAUGUUGAAUGACCUAAACCAGGUUAUGUCAACUGGUUCUACAAAACCAACAUUUCUCAAUUACCAUAUUUUCACGACCAUAAGGCACACGUAAAAGUCUUAAAUUUUCACCAAAAUGUACGCCGCGCCCUAUGGUGCGGUGCGGUGCGCCUAUUGUGUUGUUGUGAGACGCGAACAUGGUAGAAGACGAGGGGCGUGGCGAGAACGGCAAGGCAACACACAUGAUUUUGUUCAUGUGGAAAGUUUAUGUGGUUAAAUCCACCAGCUACCGGUAAACACAUUCUGAACUUCAACAGCGCAUAAGAAGAGCACGAGCCGUCAGCGCACGCAAUGAGGACGUGCACGUGCGCUCUAAACCAGGUCUGAACCAGGACUAGACCAGUAAAGUGAAACAUACUUUUGGCUGUUUAUAAUUUUCACAAUGUCUGGUUUGCACUGAUAUGUUCCGAGUCCCGAGCCCGCACAGAUGUUUUACCGGUACGUUUUACCACGCCCGCGCCCUAUAACCCAGUGCGUCUUUUGUAUGUGUUAAAUACCAAAAAGACACCCAUAACUGAAGCUGCGCCCUAUAACAUGGUGCGCCCUAUGGUUGUGAAAAUACGGUAUUUCCCUCUAGGGAACGUAAAACUUGCCACCAUAAGGAAAGAUUGUGGACGCACCUAGCUCACUGUCAUGUUUUUGUUGAGCUAACGAACGUACAAGGGCGUAGCAUACUGUUAGCUUACCGCCAGGCUAACCACAAUUAUUACAGUGAUAGCUUUAUUUUGUUGUGUUUUAUUACCCUGAACAAACCCGUGUGUAUCGGAAAAACGUGACUUCAGCUGCUCAGCUGUUAUUUCAUAUUCUUGUGGAACUAGUGUCAGGUUCACCUGAAUGCUUGUGCUGGACUGCAAAGGGACGUCUUUUAUCACAUUAGCUCCACCGAGCUACUACUGGAGUUUGUCUUCAUUUCCAACCAUAUUCACAGUUAAUCUGGGGUUUUAUGAAGGCUUUGUUGUAUUUUCUUGUCUUUUUUUCUGCCGUCAACCAUCACUAGCUUUGGCGCCUCUGCUGUUUCCUCCUUUAGGUCAGUGCACUAACGUGUUUAUAGGCUGUUUCUUCUGCUGGGUUAAACAGUAAGCCUGUUGACUAGUCGGAGCGCUAUUGCCACCUAGUGAUUGGAGGCAAAUUUUGCAUUCAUUCAUGCAAACAGACGCUAAAUAAACAUCGACUCUCGUGCCUCUCGCACCCCCAUGCGGAGGCCAGCCCGACUAAUUGCAAACCACGGCACAAAACCUAGUUGCUUAAAUUAAGGGUAAUAUACGUUGUUUGCGGUCGAAAUGAGUUUCCUCCGUAGGGUGGCCGGGCUCAGCCUUAGAGAUAGGGUGAGGAUCUCAGACAUUCGGGAGGGACUCGUAGUAGAACCGCUGCUCCUCUGGAUCGAAAGGAGUCAGUUGAGGUGGUUUGGACAUCUGGUCAGGAUGCCUCCUGGACGCCUCCCUGGGGGAGGUGUUUCGGGCAUGUCCUGCCGGCAGGAAGCCCCUGGGUCGACCCAGGACACGUUGGAGAGGUUACAUCUCCAAUCUGGUCCGGGAACGCCUUGGGGUCCUGCCGGAGGAGCUGGUGGAGGUGGCCGGGGAGAGGACGGUCCGGAGCUCCCUAGUUGGGAUGCUGCCCCCGCGUCCCGGACCCGGAUAAGCGGAGGAAGACGACAAAGACGUUGUUUUUAUGUUUAAAGUACAUUUAAGCAGCUAGGUUUAGUGGAACCAGUUGACAAAACUUGGUUAAGUAAAUUUAAUGUUUCCUGUUGGAAACAAAAAAUGCUUUAUUAAGGAGAUAAUCACAGGUGAAGCUGAUUAAAAAUGAUGCAUUUUCUUUUUUAAUUUGAGAUUAUCUCUAUAAUACACACAAGUAGGUCAAUAUGAUUCAACUUAUAUAUGCACAGAUUCAAUAUCAAGAUUUCCUAAAGCAGGUCACCUAUAGGUUCUCUUGAAUUUCCAGUGUCUCUUCUGCGACGUUCUGCUGUCCUCAUUAGUUGCCUUUUAUUUUUUAAAUGUAGUCUUUUCUUUCUCAGUGCAACUUUUUUGUUUCCUGUGUUGUUGAUUAAAGAUAAAAUCAGCCUUUUACUCUUGCCUUGUCUAAACGCUUUAAAGUAACCAAACAGAAGAUCUGUCUAACAACCAAACGCGUUCAAAGAGGUGAGAGUCAACCAACCUUGGUCCCAGCUUUAGUGUCCUUAAUUAGUAAGUGAAUGGCUGUGUAACUCAUGCUUUAACAAAGCAAUUCCUCACGUGUGUUUGAAGAAGAAAUAUGUUGUCCAGUGUCUCUUGUUCUCUACAGAAACAAUUUCCUCUGAGUCUUUCUAUUAUUUUCUGUUUGUGUAGAAAAUCUUCUGCCCCCCCCCUUUUUUAUUUAUUGCAAUGACCCAUGUAUACAUGCUUAUGAAAUUAAGAUUUGAUACACCGAUAUCAAUUUAUUUAUGUAACUAAAUCACUGUUUUAUAAUCUUGUUAAUGAGUCAAUAAUUGAUUUUUUUUGUUUGUUUAAAUAAAAGUUAGUUUUUUGAAAUGUA